CCGGCUGCCCGAGCUUCUUCCUCCCACCCGUCGCCGCGGACCGCGAAACUCCAGUUCCACCCCCUGGGGCCCGAUUCCUUCUGGACCCGACGCUUCGGGUUUUUCUUUAUUUUAACCUUUCCCGCCAUCCCCCCUCUCUCCUUGCUUUUCCAUUCUCUCGCUCCUAGUGAUCUCCUUCGUAACACCUGUGACAGGAGACACCACCCACCCGCCCUCAGCCUGCCUCUCCCCCCCGCGCCGCCUGCUCAUCUUCUCCGGAGAGUUCACUCGCGUUUCCUCCGCUGGGAACUCAAGGACUCAACCCACCCCCGAAACGGAGCUGGACCCACAUCGGACUCUCUCCUUUCAGCGGCUGAAGUGCCCCCUCCUCUGUUGACGAGGGGGCGUCUGUCGGCCGCCUCUCUCGUCUCCCCGCCCGCCAUGUCGAGCGAGGAGAGCUACUUGGCCAUCCUGCGCUACCUGACCAACGAGCGCGAGCCGUACGCUCCGGGCACCGAGGGCAACGUCAAGCGCAAGAUCCGCAAGGCCGCCGCCUGCUAUGUGGUGCGCGGCGGGACCCUCUACUACCAGCGCCGGCAGCGGGACCAGCAGCGCUUCGCCGAGCUCGAAGUAGUGCUGCAGGCCGAGCGUCGCGCCCGUCUCAUUCGGGCAGCCCACUUGGAAACCGAUGGCUCCCACCGGACCCGCUUGCAGACUUGGCAGCGCCUUUCCAGGCGCUAUUGGUGGCGAGGUAUUCUGAAGCAAGUUAAAGAUUACAUUAAAGAAUGCAGCAAAUGCCAGGAAAAAUUAGAUCGUUCUAGAUCAUUGUCAGACCCUUCUGAAAUGUUGGAGGAGCUAGGAUUAGAUGCAAUAUCUCAUGAAGAUAGUAACGAAACAGAUGAUGAAAUAAGUAAUUCCACAUCACUGCCAGCAGCAUCACCGAAACCAGUGAAAAAGAAGCCAAUAGCCAAGCAUGAACUUGUAUUUGUUGACAGUAAAGGCCUUGUGAAACAAUCUUCUCCAAAACAUUCUCAGUCAGUUUUGAAUCAGCUGAAUCAACAGCGGCUUUCCAGUCAGUUUUGUGAUGUUACCUUGCUUAUUGAAGGAGAAGUGUAUAAAGCACACAAAUCUAUUUUGGCGGCCAACAGUGAAUACUUCAGAGAACUUUUUAUUGAAAAGGGAGCUGUUUCCAGCCAUGAAGCAGUAGUGGAUCUUUCAGGAUUUCGGAAGGCCAGUUUCCUCCCUUUGCUUGAAUUUGCUUAUACUUCAGAGUUAAUUUUUGAUUUUUGUAACAUGGCAGCUGUAGCCGAGUUAGCUCAGCAUCUUCUCAUGACAGAGGUCCUGGAAAUCUGUGAAAAUGUACACAAGCAGAUGGAAGAUAAACAAAUCACCGUGUACCAGAAAGGAGAUGUUCAGAUAGUAGAAGUAGCUCAAAAUCUUUUAGAGCAGAAUGAAAGUGAAGCUACUCCUGUUACCAGGACUGAGCAGGAAAUACCUGCUGAACAUCCAGUAGCAGCUGUGAAUGGAACAUCUUCAAGUACUGAGGCAGAAGAGAUGACUGUGUCUGAAACUGCAUUGCAAACUGUCUCAGAGCCUCUUGUGAAGAAUCCUCCUGAGCUCCCAGUGGAUACUCCUACUUUGGAAACAAUUGAAAAUGAAGAAAAAGCCCCAAUAAUGGAAUGUUCCACAAAUCAAACUAUAACUGUGGUGCAAACUGAGCCGUCAGUAGCAGAGCAAGUUAUUGUUAGCACUCAGGCAGAAAAUGAUACUGAUCAAAAUACAAAUGGAGAUCAAAAUGUGAGCAGUGAACAAAAUGUGAGCAGUGAAGCAAAUGCAGAAGUUCCUACUGAGGAUUCCCAGGAAGGGCUGAAGCGAAAACGUGGUAGGCCUUGUAAACUGCAGGGCAUUCCACAAUCACAGCCAGAGACCACAGCUUUCAGUCAAGAUGAUACCUAUAAAAGCAAGCUUCGCCAGCGUUCUGUUAGUGAGGGUGGCUAUAUUCGACUGCACAAGGGUACUGAGAAAAAACUACAGAAUAGAAAACCAGCCCCCAAAUCAGCCAUCCAGCAGGUUGCCAUGAAGCUAGUGCAAAGAGGCAAGAAGAUGAAGCAGCCCAAGAGAGAGAUUAUAGAACACAGUGACACAGAAGCUCAGCACAAAUGCAGUGAAUGUGGGAUGAUUUUCCAGAGACGUUAUGCUCUUAUAAUGCACACACUGAAGCAUGAAAGGACGAAAAAUUAUAAAUGCCCACUGUGCAAAAAAGAGUUCCAGUAUGGUGCUUCAUUGCGAGCUCACCUUGUUCGUCAUACCCAAAAAAAUGAAGUGACUGUUGCAACUGCUAAUAUAGAAGAAAGUGGUACAGCCACGAAAGGAAGAACUAAAAGAGAAUUUAUCUGUGAUAUAUGUGGAAGAAGUUUACCUAAACUCUAUUCUUUGAGAAUUCAUAUGUUGAAACAUACAGGAGUAAAGCCACAUACAUGUAAGAUUUGUGGGAAGUCAUUUACCUACAAACAUGGUUUAAAGAUGCACCUUGUAUUGCAUGAAGCACAAAAGCAAUUUAAGUGUGAAUUGUGUGACAAGUCCUUUGUCACAAAAAGAAGCCUUCAGGAGCAUGUAAGCAUUCACACAGGAGAAUCAAAAUACUUCUGUUCACACUGUGGAAAAUCUUUUCAUAGAGCUUCAGGACUUAGUAAACACUUAAAGAAACACCAGCCCAAACCAGAAAUUCGUGGCUAUCAGUGUACCCAGUGUGAGAAAAGUUUCUAUGAACCUCGGGAUCUCCGCCAGCAUAUGAACAAACAUCUUGGAGUGAAACCCUUCCAGUGUCAAUUCUGUGGGAAAUGCUAUAGUUGGAAGAAGGAUUGGUAUUCUCAUGUGAAGUCACAUUCUGUAACUGAUCCAUACAGGUGCAAUGUGUGUGGCAAAGAGUUCUAUGAAAAAGCUUUGUACAGGAGGCAUGUUAAAAAAGCCACUCAUGGGAAGAAAGGGAGAGCAAAACAAAAUUUGGAGCGUAUUUGUGAACACUGUGGGAGAAAAUUUACCCAGCUUCGGGAGUACAGAAGACACAUGAACAACCAUGAAGGUGUUAAACCUUUUGAAUGUCUAACUUGUGGUGUUGCUUGGGCUGAUGCACGUUCCUUAAAACGUCAUGUGAGGUCACACACUGGAGAAAGACCUUACGUGUGUCCAGUAUGCAAUGAAGCCUACAUAGAUGCCCGUACCUUAAGAAAGCACAUGACUAAAUUUCACCGGGAUUACGUACCUUGUAAAAUCAUGCUAGAAAAGGACACUCUUCAGUUUCAUAAUCAGGGGACUCAAGUUGAACAUGCCAUCAGUAUUUUAACAUCUGAUGUGCCAGAACAAGAAACAGAGGUUUGUACUGAAGAGAUCGAGACUGUAGUAAUUACUGAAGAAACACUUGACACUGUUGCAGCUACCGAAGAGUGUACAACAGUUUCUACUCUUUCCGACCAAAGUAUCAUGCAAGUUGUCAAUUAUGUAUUAGCACAGCAACAAGGACAGAAAAUGGCAGAGGUUACAGAAGCUAUUCAAACUGUAGAAGUAGAAGUAGAGCAUGUUUCUGAUCAAGACUGAAUACAUAUGUUCAUUAAUGCAGAACCUUGGCAAAACAGCAUGUAAUUAUCAAAAUAUUAACUGUCUGACUGGCCUUUUUAUAGUAAUUUCAGGAUCCUCUUCUGAGUUUUGUGAAAAAAGUGAUACCUACAUCUGUAAUUAAAAAAUAAAAUUAAAGAAAUUCACGGGAUAAGUAAUGGACUUGCACUAAGACUGCUGCACCAGAUGUAAAUGCUUAGUUUAAAAAAAGCUUUUAAAUAAAAUCAUUUAUGUGAUGUGAUAGUUACGAUGUAAUUUUUGAUGCAGCUGUUUUUCUCUUUGAGCAUUUAAUAUACCAAAGACUUGUGCCAAUCAUUUUAAAAUUGUAGCUGUAUUUAUUCUUGAAGUUCAAGGAGGGGUAUGAUCUACAAAAACUAUGAAUCUGUUAUUAAUGGAGAUAAAUAUUGUAGUCUGAUAUAUUUAUUUAGUCAAAAUCUCUGCACAGUUUUCCUUAAGUACAAAUACAAUCUGGAUGGCUUAGAUUUUCUUACGGAAUUAUGGAACAAAGUUUCCAUAAGAACUAUUUCUACAUAUUUUAAAUUAUAACCAGAUGCGAUUCUGCAGUGGUUCUCAAGCUGCAUUAAACUAUAGGCAGUUAUGGGAGAGAAACGGGUAGUACCAGCUGAGUAUGAAAAAUCCUGCACCUCCUGUUUUGCUUUUUAUAUUCUGAAAAAUACUUCCAAGAUUACAUGUUUUGAGAUUAGCUAAACUAUUUGUAUAUAUCAUGUAUAAACAGAUAAAAUUGUUUCAAUUUAUAAUGAACUAGAUACAAAUGCUGUAUAUAAGAAAAACACGAUUGGUUAAACUUAUUUCUGUUCACCAGUGAAGGUCCUAAGUUUUAGCUUUCAUACUGUCCUGAUAUUUAUAUAAUAUAAUGUCUUAAAAUUUAAGUAAUUAUUAUGUGGAUUAAAGUUUGUGAAAAGCAAACCAAA